GCAGCCCCAGUGCUGGGCAUUCAUUGUGCUGGGCGCAGGAACCAGAUAAAGGACCCAGCAGCCCUGGCCCCGGGCCCCUGAGCCUGCUGACUGCCCCUGACCCCCCCCGUUCCUGUGUGUGCUGGGACUGGCCCUCAAGCCGUGAAGAUGGAGGAUUACGAUUUCCUCUUCAAGAUCGUUCUGAUCGGGAACGCCGGGGUCGGGAAGACCUGCCUCGUCCGGCGAUUCACUCAGGGUCUCUUCCCCCCCGGUCAGGGGGCCACCAUCGGGGUGGAUUUUAUGAUAAAAACGGUGGAGAUAAAAGGUGAAAAGAUAAAGCUGCAGAUUUGGGACACCGCGGGGCAGGAGAGGUUCCGCUCCAUCACUCAGAGUUAUUACCGAAGUGCCAACGCUUUGAUCCUGACUUAUGACAUCACCUGCGAGGAAUCGUUCCGCUGCCUUCCGGAAUGGCUGAGGGAGAUAGAGCAGUACGCCAACAAUGAGGUCAUCACCGUGCUUGUGGGUAAUAAGAUCGACCUGGCAGAACGAAGGGAGGUCUCGCAGCAGAGAGCUGAAGAGUUUGCAGAGUCCCAAAAAAUGUAUUAUCUAGAAACCUCCGCCAAAGAGUCAGACAACGUGGAGAAGCUUUUCCUGGACUUGGCCUGCCGCCUGAUCGGCGAGGCGCGGCAAAACGCGCUGGUCAACAAUUUGGACUCCUCGCUGCCGGGAGAAGGGAAAACCAUCAGUUAUUUGAACUGCUGUAAUUUCAAUUAGAUCCGGAAACGGCGAGAAAACGAGUGGGGAGGAAAAACAAACAAACCCCGAAACACUCGGAAUGGGCCGAGGUCCCCUCUCUGCGAGGGUCGUUCUUGUAUUGACCUUCUGACAUCUGCCCCGGGUCGGGUUUAAGCAUGGAGGGCCGCAUGCCUUUUUUCCCCCCCGCAGGUCACCAUAGCGAGGCAGAGUAUGGUUUCUGGAGGAGGCGCGCCGCUCAGCCGCUCAGAGUGUUUUUAACAAAAAAAAGACAAAACCUGUACAGAUUUAACCAGACGGGGAGGCUUUUUUUCUAAUAAAUAGAAAAGUAAUUUUAAGGACAUGAAAAAAAAAAAAACUUUUUGCGUGUUUAUAAGAAAAUGAGAACCCUGAAUAUAUUCUCUGCUUCCGU